CCGCCGUUGUUGACAAAGACGUCACGGACGAGUUUGUCGGCCAAGGACAGAUCCACGUUCUCAACAGCAGCUCGCUAUCUACCGCCGCCCCGACAGACCGCAUUGGAUGCCUAAACGAGCACGGCAUGCUCACCAUGAGCGAGUGCGCCGUCUUCACGCGCCUUGAUGGGGGUUUUGGGACCUCGGUGAAGCUCUCUACGAGCAGCGGCAACUGCACUUUCAUGAAUCCAAACAUGCCCACCAAUAAGGAUAGCUAUUACGGCAGUGACUCGCAUGCUUGGUCUUGCUGGGACGUCCCCUCGCCCGAGUAUGAUUCGGUGUGGGAGCACUAUUACACAAUUAAAGGCUUCAAGUAUCCCUUCGUUUGCAACGGCAAUAUCAAUUGCUUCUACGACACUGUGGCGCCCCCCGGGCCGUCGCCCGAAGAGAAGGGACAUCCUGUAUGGCAGUUCUUCUGGGGAGCUCAUCAGAUGGACGUCCCCCCUGGACAUUUGCAGGUCAUCUGGCUGUGGGUGCCCGUUGGCUCGUCCUGAGGCACGACAACAAUGAAGGUAGGCAUAUCGAUGAGUGAUGGCCUCCGGGGUUCGCCUAGGCAGUAAGGGGCUGGGACUUGGGAUGUUGACUGCUUGGAAGACCCUGAAUUUCGGCUGAAGACAGGCUGAAUCAAUCACAGUGAACCUCCUCCUAUUCAGUUCAUACUACGGUGUUCCAUAGUAGAGAUGACCCAAUAACAUCCCUUCGAGUCCUGUCAGGCGUUACUUGGCAAUGAG